AUGGACGAAGCAAUGCAAGUCGCCGCGAUCCGCGACCGCCUCGGCGGCGCGGCCAACUGCUCGGCGUUCAUCAGCAAGUUGUGGUACCUGAUGAUCAGCCCCGACCUUUACGCCCAGUACAUCCACUGGAGCGAGAGCGGCGACGCGAUCGUCAUGAGCAACGACGCGGAUCUCGCCAACGAGUUUGCGGCAGACGUCCUGCCCAAGCUGUUCAAGCACGGCAAUAACGCAUCUUUCGUCAGGCAGCUGAAUCUUUACGGCUUCCAGCGCAUCUCCUCCACGCGGCCCUUGGACGCCACUGAGCUGAAGGUCGCCAAAGCGCGCGGAAUCAACGUCAACGGCACCGGGCACGCUGCGGCGAGCGCACAGACGCUGUACGGCUCCCACUCGAGCUUCACGCACCCCCGUUUCCAGCGCGACAUGGAGACCCUGCUUCCAAGCAUGAAGCCGCGCAGCAGCAAAAAGCCCAAGCGCGCAACGGCCUCUGCCGCAGGUGCAGGUGCAAAUGGGGAGAAAGGCGACUCGGAUGGCGAGGACGAGUAG